GAAGGUGCUUUUUUUUAAUUAUUUUUAAGCAGCAAGAGAGAGACGCAGCAAUUUUUUUAGGAGGGGGAGACAAGGACACAGCAGCUCAGAAGGUCCGCAGAACCCUUUCAGAGGUGGAAGUAGGGCGCUUCGAGAGUCAUUUUAAGGCUGUCGCGGGCGAUGGAGAAUAAAAAGAAAAUCACCGCAUAUCUUAUCUACGCUGUUUCCAUUGCUGCCAUCGGAUCUCUCCAGUUUGGUUACAACACUGGUGUCAUCAAUGCUCCUGAAAAGAUCAUCCAAGAGUUCUUCAACAGAACCUUGUCAGAACGGAACGGGGAGCCCAUCUCCCCAGAGCUCCUAACCUCACUAUGGUCCCUUUCUGUAGCCAUCUUCUCAGUAGGAGGCAUGAUUGGCUCCUUCUCAGUCAGCCUUUUCGUCAAUAGAUUUGGCAGGAGGAACUCCAUGCUGCUGGUGAAUGUCUUGGCCUUUGCUGGUGGCACUCUCAUGGCCUUCUCCAAGAUGGCAAAAGCAGUGGAGAUGCUGAUCAUUGGCCGCUUCGUCAUUGGCGUCUUUUGUGGCCUCUGCACUGGCUUUGUACCCAUGUACAUCAGUGAGGUCUCACCCACCAGCGUUCGCGGAGCCUUUGGGACCCUCAACCAGCUGGGCAUCGUUGUUGGCAUCUUGGUGGCCCAGAUCUUUGGUCUGGAGGGAAUCAUGGGAACUGAAAAACUUUGGCCGAUGCUUUUGGGAUUCACAAUCCUUCCAGCAAUCCUUCAGUGUGUGGCUCUUCUUUUCUGCCCUGAGAGUCCCCGCUUCCUGUUGAUCAACAAGAUGGAGGAGGAUAGAGCACAUGCAGUUCUUCAGAAACUCCGUGGUACACAGGAUGUGUCUCAAGACAUCCAGGAAAUGAAAGAAGAGAGUGCCAAAAUGUCCCAGGAAAAGAAAGCAACUGUGCCAGAGCUCUUCCGCUCUCCCAGCUACCGUCAAGCCAUCAUCAUUGCCAUCAUGCUGCAGCUCUCCCAGCAGCUCUCUGGCAUCAAUGCUGUAUUCUAUUAUUCUACAGGGAUUUUUGAAAGAGCUGGCAUCACCCAGCCUGUGUAUGCCACCAUUGGAGCUGGUGUGGUAAACACCGUCUUCACUGUUGUGUCGCUGUUCCUGGUGGAGCGUGCAGGACGCAGGACCCUCCACUUAGUUGGCUUGGGUGGCAUGGCUGUGUGUGCUGUCCUUAUGACUGUCGCUUUAGCUCUGAAGGACAUUGUGGAGUGGAUCAGAUAUAUCAGCAUUGUUGCGACUUUUGGCUUUGUGGCUCUCUUUGAGAUUGGUCCUGGCCCAAUACCCUGGUUCAUUGUGGCUGAACUCUUCAGCCAGGGCCCACGACCUGCAGCCAUGGCAGUGGCUGGUUGUUCCAACUGGACAUCUAAUUUCUUGGUGGGAAUGCUCUUCCCCUAUGCAGAGAAACUAUGCGGCUCCUAUGUCUUCCUCAUCUUCCUCGUUUUCCUGGUCAUCUUCUUUGUCUUCACAUUCUUCAAAGUGCCAGAGACCAAGGGCAGGACAUUUGAAGACAUCUCCAGGGGCUUUGAAGGGCGAGGAGAAAUGAGCCCCACAUCACCAGUGGAGAAGAACCCUAUGGUGGAACUGAACAGCAUACAACCUGAUAAAGAAGCUGCCUAAGAUCAUGACACAUCCCUUCUUUGGCUCUUUUCUGUGCUCAAAGGGAGUCAUUAAAGGAAUGAGCA